CUCAGAUAACGCGUUUGCGGGUCGAGCAAUAAGUUGUGCCCGCCCGUUUCUCCGCCGUUUCUCCACCUAAUUGGGGAAACAGAAAUAUGGAUCAGCUGGAUGAAGAAUCAAAGCUUGCGCUCACGGAGUUUAAAGAAGGGGUUCAGGAUUGCGCUAGCAAGUUGUUGGAUACGAGGGAUGAAUUCUACCUGAAAUGGCUGGUCGCUCGGUCUUAUAAUGUCGCCGAAGCCGAGAAAAUGCUGCGCGCAUCACUGGCGUGGCGGCAGGCGAAUGGAGUGGACGACAUUUUAAAUUGGACUCCCCCUGAAGUCCUUCAGAAAUAUUAUUCCCUGGGAAAACUAGGACAUGACAAAUUCAACUGUCCCGUUUACAUUUCCGCUCAGGGAAAUAUGGAUUUGCGAGGGAUUUUCCAGUCCAUUACCAAGAAGGAUUUCAUGCGUUUCCAAGCCUACACGACCGAAAGGAUCAACAAGGAAAUGCGGGAGGAAAGUUUGCGCACAGGAACCAAUAAAAAUUGCCAGGUGGUGUUCAUCGGUGACAUGACGGGCCUCUCAAUGAGGCAAAUGACAUACAAGCCAGUUAUGGACGCCGGAAGCGAACAGACGAAAGUUUACGAAUCAAAUUAUCCGGAAAAUAUCCGUCGAAUGUUCAUUAUCAACGCGCCCAAGAUUUUCACAGUUAUCUUCAACAUUAUGAAACCUUUCCUGCAUCAAGCUACACUUGACAAGAUAAGGAUUUUCGGAUGCAACAAAGAAGAAUGGGCAGCCGCUUUACUGGAAGAAAUAGAAGCUGAUAACUUGCCACUUUACUAUGGCGGCACUAUGGUCGAUCCUGACGGGGAUCCAAAAUGUCCUAGCAAGUUCAACAUGGGCGGAGAAGUUCCUUAUUCGUACUACUUGAGCAACAGCGCACCUGUGCCCAAGGAUUACAUGGAAACCAUCAACAUCAUCGCCGGAGCAGGCGGAUUUAAGAAACUGAAAUACAAAAUCGAUGUCGCCAAUUCAAUUUUGAGAUGGGAGUUUAUGACAGAGGGAGGAGAUAUUGGCUUCAGAGUUUAUUACAAAAGUGCCGAGGAAGGCAUCAUCGACUUGGUACCUUUGAGUCGAAUAGAAAGUCACCUGGUCACGGAAGAAGGCCAAUACAUUUGCGAGGACCCAGGGAAAUACGUGGUGGUGUUUGAUAACACUUUCAGCAUUUUACGACCCAAGAAAGUCCGUUACUACGUCGUCGUCGAUCCUCCACCACCCGGAAUUCCAACAACUGCCGUUGUCGGAUGAGGGGAAAAAAACACACGUUCUCCAAUAUUCAAUGCCAUUGCAAAUUCAGAUACAAAUAUUUUGUUUUAUCAGUUAAAAAAUAAACAGAAAUGUUUAU